AUGGUAAAGGAUGGAAAGACCGACGUAUCAACUCUGCGGGACCUGACGCAAACCUCUGAACGUGCUUUGCACGCGUCUUGCACCGUCGCCGCGUCCGCCACGAAACGAUGGAUCUCUUGCCUUGAGCACCGUACCGAUGUGUGGAAGGCAGCGGGACUAAUGGUUGCCGAGAUCAUACCCCCCCUCUCGCCAGAAGCAGUCGUCGCCAACCAAAUCUCAGCCCUAGUCGACAAGAAGCAGCUACUCCGAAUCAUUUGGGGUCAUCGGAGACAGUCAUGCGUCUCAGUCUGGUAA